GUUAGUAGGUUUUCUCCUCACCUCUCUUUUAUACUCAUUGGUAGCGAACGUCGCGUAUAAAGAAAGUCAAAAGUAAAAACGAUUCAUUCAUGAAGAGAGCGAGUUUCGUAACUUUUCUGCGUUCAGUGGUGUCGCCUUUUCUCUGUCAGGCCUGCUGCGGACACUACACUAAAGCAUAACAAAAGGAACGAAAACCGAUUAAAGUCGUGCCUAGAAAACUCGGUGGGGGAGUUCAGUUUUUUCCCGGCAAGAAAAUUGUGUUCGGUCCGCGUUUAGGAAAGGUCUUUCUGUUGUUUCAGCUCAAUUGGGAUUAUUUUGCACAUGGAAGAAACUGCGACUUUGUGAGCAAAGGUAAAAAAGUUCCGCUAUGUGAAAAUAACCAAAGAACGGUGCAUCGAAUUUUAUGUUGACUUUAUGCUGUGUGGCUGCUUGUUCCAUUGACCCCCAACGGUUAGACGCUGGGAAGAAGAUCGUGGGAGCCCGAUUAAAUAGGAGAUUGUUUUCAGUUGGCUAAAGCCCAUAAUCUCACAAAGCCGAACACGGACACUGAGAUAAAUACGAAUAGGAAAAAUAAAUUUUAAUCUGCCGAUUGUCUUGAUACUAGUCAAUGAUAAAACUGUGGAUCUAGAAGUUACACCGACGUCAUGGUGGCCUGGUCCUCGAAGCACCGACGACACGUACGCAUCCUGCUAGUGGGCGACCAAGGUGUCGGAAAGACGUCGCUUAUUCUGUCUCUUGUCAGCGAAGAAUUUCCGGAAGAUGUUCCCACCAAAGCAGAAGAAAUCACUAUUCCGGCAGAUGUAACUCCAGAACAGGUCCCUACUAACAUCGUGGAUUAUUCUGCUACCGAACAAACGGACGAUGUGUUGGCAGAGGAAAUACAAAAAGCGCACGUAGUUUGCAUAGUCUAUUCGGUGGAGUGCGAUGAAUCCCUGGAUCGCAUCACCUCACACUGGUUACCUGUGAUUCGAGAAUUUUCUGGCGAGCAGCGGAAACCGGUAGUACUAGUAGGCAACAAAGUGGAUCUCAUCGACUACUCCACGAUUGAUCAUGUACUAUCCAUUAUGGAAGAUUUUCCGGAGGUUGAGAGUUGCGUGGAAUGUUCCGCCAAAACGUUGCACAAUAUUUCCGAGAUGUUUUAUUACGCCCAAAAGGCUGUGUUGCAUCCAACAGCACCGCUGUAUAUAAUGGAAGAUCAAGACUUGACUGAAGCGUGCAAGAAAGCCCUCGUGCGAAUAUUCAAAGUGUGUGAUAUUGAUGGUGACGGCUUGCUCAAUGACUAUGAGUUGAACCACUUCCAGCGACGAUGCUUCAAUGCUCCUCUGCAGCCGCAAGUGCUGGAUGAGGUUAAAGCCGUACUUAUGAAAAACACUCCUGACGGCAUUCGGAAUGAUUCGGUAACAUUGAAAGGCUUCCUCUUUUUACACUGCUUGUUCAUUCAACGGGGGAGAAAUGAAACCACAUGGGCAGUUCUGCGACGAUUUGGAUACAAUGAAAGCCUUGAAAUGAGUCAGGAAUAUUUACACCCGACAGUAAAAAUUCCCCCGGGAAGCAGCACUGAACUGUCACAUCGCGGACAGCAGUUUUUAAUUUCGCUAUUCGAAAGGAGCGAUCGGGAUGGGGAUGGGUCUCUCUCACCAGAAGAGUUUCGAGUAGUAUUUAGCGCUUGUCCUUGCCCUCCCUUUUCGACCGAUAUCAAGCGAACCGUUCCGACCAAUGAAAAUGGCUGGCCAACAUUGCACGGAUGGAUGUGCCGCUGGACACUGAUGACCCUGACCGAUCUUAACAAAACACUGGAAUAUUUAGCCUAUUUAGGGUUCAAUGUACACGAAAAUGAAUCCCAGCUUGCUGCUAUACAUAUCACCCGGGAGAGGAGGAUUGAUCUAGCUAAAAAGCAAAACAGCCGUUCCGUGUACAUGUGUCACGUGAUUGGACCCAAGGGUUCCGGUAAAACCGUUUUUUGUCGAGCUUUUCUAGCGGAAGAUAUGAGGAAAUUGACGGAUAAAGAAAUACGCGGGAGCAAUCAAUUCGCUAUCAACACCGUACAGGUGUACGGUCAAGAAAAAUUUCUUGUGCUUCGGGAUAUCGACGUUCGUCAAGUGCUAGACCCCUUGCAGCCUAGUGAGGUUAACUGUGACGUGGCCUGUCUGGUGUAUGACAUCAACAAUCCAAAGUCCUUCGAGUACAUCGCUCGGAUAUACAUAAAAUACUUCGCGGAAAGCAAAAUCCCAGUGCUCAUUGUGGGAGCCAAGGCUGACAUGGAGGAGAUCCGACAGGAGUAUCUGCUGCAAGCGCCGGAUUUUUGCCACAAGUAUAAACUGCUUCCCCCGCAGUACUUCAGCGUGAAGCACAACAAAAAAGACAUCUAUACGAAACUGGCGACGAUGGCGGCGUUUCCUCGUUUUCAAGCCGCGUGGAUUCUUUUCUAUAAACAUAGAUUGGUUCAACUCUGGGAAAAGACCCACCUGAAGCAAUUCGGACUCAUUUCGAGCGAUCCGCUGCUCUGGUGGAAAACAGGCCUCGGUAUAGCUGCGGUAACCAUCGUUGGCUUCUUCGUGGUGAAGGCGUUCCACGGUUCCAGCUCGCACGCACGAUAAAGCUUAGCAAGUAGAUAGAGUUAUACACUCUACACAAAAGUUAUCAUUCUCUGCGGCAGUUGACUUGUAGUUGCUAGCAUGGAAGGGGUUGAUAAAUUGUAAAUGUUUCGUUCGAAGUAGAGUUAGAGUUUUGUUUUUGCGGGCACCUAUCGUCAUAAAAGUUACACUUAAAAUAGGCAGUUCCUUAUUACUCCAAAUAUUUUACGUAUAAAACGUUCGGAUCAUUUUAUGUAAAUAUCAAACGGCAAUCUAAUUCGUGAAUUAUUUGUUAAGAUAGCUCGAAAAUUAUUCAAAUGCUUUCGGCAACUUUUUUUCUGAGCUUUGAUAUAUUUUUCUUACGUCGCUAUAUUAAACAUUUUACAACACACCGGUCGUACCCAAGAAAUGGUUGUUCGAUGCAAUAAAGUAGUAAAAUCUAAGCUCAUAUAAUUCGAAACAUUUUUUCGCAUAUUGAAAGCGUUCAAUAAUUUAUUCUUAGCAAACAAAAAUAUUCCAAUGCCAGUGUUACUUCCAAAAAGUAACAACAAAAUCGUAUUUUGCAGCAAACUUGUUGCAGUUAAGCUGUAUCUGGACUAUCAAAACGAAGCUUUGCAUAACUAUCUAAACAAACAGUGUAACAUGAUUUAUCGUACUACAAAAGAUAGAGUCCUAGAAUCAUACUGUAACUAGAACGAUUACAAGUCAAAAAAUACAUCGGAAUAAAAAAUACCACAGAAUUGUUUUUCUUCGAGUGGAUGGAAACGAAAA